AUGGCCAGGGAAAGCAACGCUCCCACAGAGCCUCUCACUCCGGGCAAGCCCAAUCCUCAAACUCGCCCCGCACAUGUCCAGAAACCGGAAUUCGGAAAGCCCUCGCCGAUCGGCCACCCACAGCACCGAUCAAACCAUCUUUUCAAUAUCCCGAAGCCCAACCAGUCUCGAGCCGAACAUCACAGACCCGCCCCUCGACCGCAGCCUCAGCAUCCAGGUCCGCAUGCCGCGCCUCAGCCCUACCGCCAGCCGGCUACAGGUGGCCCAGCCGCAACCCCAUCAGCGAAACGCAGCGAGCCGUGGGAUCCCUUCAAGCCAGUGGCGCCAUCGGCCUACAACAAUGCUCGUCCACUCAACCCACCCGGAUCAGUGAGCAUCAAGCGCCCUGAGAAUGUCACCUGGACAACUCCACGUGCUCCUCGGCCGACCUUCACAUCCAAGCCUCUUCCGCCGAAGAUGUCAAAUGCAUCCAAGAAUCUUCAAAGCUUCAUAGAUCUCACCCAGCCUGAUAGUGGCCCUGCUGGUAGGUCGGAUUCCCGUGCGCCGCCUGACUUUGGGGCUAUGGAUAUGCAUGGAUAUGUGGAUACAGCUAUGGCAAACGAGAACAUCAAAGCCUUGCUGGAAGGUGCAUUCGAAGACGAAGAGGAGAAAUCCGAGUCCAAGACCAAGAAGAAGGGCAAAAAGAAGAAGCAGUCCAAGAAGAGUUCUAAAAUGGAGAAGGAAACCCCAGUUAUCAAGGACACGAAGAAAGAACAGGCUGUCGAUGACCUUGACGAUCUCGCUGAUCAACUGCAAGGCGUCACUGUGAAUGACACGACGGGCUCCAAGGACGACUCCGAUUAUGUGCCUAAAGAAAGAAGCCCCUCAGAGAGUCCAUCCAUUGAGGACGACCAAGUCGCUAAAGAAGGAAAGGACAACGUCGAAGCAGAUGAGGAUGAAGAAGAAGAGGAGGAGGAGGAGGAGGAGGAGGAGGAAGAAGAAGAUGAUGAUGAUGAAGAGGAUGGGGUGGUUGAGGGCCUGAAAGUCACCCUUUUGCCACACCAAAUUGACGGUGUGCGAUGGAUGUGCGACAAAGAGACCGGCCGAAAGACGACUAAGGGAAUCUUUCCCAAGGGUGGAAUCCUUGCAGACGAUAUGGGCUUGGGGAAAACAGUGCAGGCAAUUGCUCUGGUGCUCAAGAACCGUAAAUCCGACCACGAACACAGCGAAGACAGCGACGAAAAGGAGGGCAAAACUACCAAAUUGCCUCCCAACUGCAGCAGUUCUACUUUGGUCAUUGCGCCCCUUGCACUGAUCAAACAGUGGGAAUCCGAAAUUAGAGACAAAGUCGAAAAAACUCAUAAGCUCUCUGUAUGCGUCUAUCAUGGUGCGACACGGGCGAAGACCUCAAAAACCUUGGACGAUUAUGAUAUUGUUAUCACAACAUAUGGUACACUCACCUCGGACUUCAAUUCAUCCGCCUCAGACAAGGCCAAAAAGGCCGGUCUGUUUUCGAUCCACUGGUAUCGUAUUAUUCUCGAUGAAGCACACACCAUCAAGAACCGCAACGCCAAAGCUACACAGUCAGCGUAUGCGUUGGAUGCUCAGUACCGGUGGUGCCUGUCAGGAACACCCUUGCAGAACAACUUGGAUGAGCUGCAAAGUUUGAUCAAAUUCCUUCGAGUGAAGCCUUACGAUGACUUGGCUGCUUGGAGAGACCAAAUCAGCCGGCCACUAGCCAAUGGCCGCGGAGGUCUUGCUAUCCAGCGGCUGCAAGUCUACUUGAAGGCUUUCAUGAAACGGCGUACCAAGGAUGUCCUCAAACUCAACAACGAUGUGAAGGACGGCGAAGAAGGUGAAGAUGGGAAACCUAAGAAAUCUAACGGCUUCCACAUCACCAAGCGUGAGGUCAUCAAGGUGGCUCCCGAAUUCAUGCCUGGAGAGUUGAACUUCUACAAACGCCUGGAACAACGGACGGAAAACAGCCUUGAGCAGAUGAUGGGUGGAGCUAAGGUUGACUACGCCGGCGCUUUGGUCCUGCUCUUGCGUCUUCGUCAAUGCUGUAAUCACCCCGACCUUGUCAAAGGUGAUUUGGCCAAGGACAAAGAUGUCUUUUUGCAAACCAAUCCUACCGGUAGCCAAUCUACUCAGGCGAAAUCCGAUGAUCUCGACAGCAUGGCGGAACUCUUCGGCGCAAUGAGUGUUGUCACCAAGAAAUGUGACGUUUGUCAAACGGAACUUAGCCAAGAUGAGGCCAAGGCUGGUAGCAGUCGCUGUGGCGAAUGCGAAGCUGAUCUCAACACCGACAUCAUCGGCACGGACAAGAAAAAGAAGAAGUCGAAGAAGAGUCACAAGGAGAAGGAUGUUCCAGAAUCUCCUUCCCUUCGCAGAUCUGAGGCCCAACUUGCCCGUUCCCGGAAGAACCGACGAGUCAUCCUUGACAGUGAUGAUGAAGAGGAAGAGGGUGAAUGGGUCGUUCCGGAGGAUCAACGCAAACUGCCAAGCCUCGGAAAGGCAGGUGGUUCAGAUGACGAGAAUGCCGAAGGUGGCGGUGAAUGGCUCAACUCUGAAGAUGAGACAGAUGAUGAGAUCGAAUCUCCAUCUAGAAGGAAGAGCAAGCCCAUCGUUCUGAGCGACUCCGAGGAUGAGGAGUCUGACUCAGAUGGGGAAUACAACGAGGAAGGUGAAAACGGCGAGUUGCCAUCCACCAAGAUUCGUCACUUGAUGAAGAUUCUCAAUCGUGAGGCACCCGACUUCAAAUUCAUUGUCUUCUCCGUCUUCACCUCUAUGCUCGACAAGAUCGAGCCUUUUCUGAACUCAGCCAACAUUGGCUUUGCACGCUACGAUGGUGGAAUGGCAAACAACCACCGUGAGGCUAGUCUUGAGAAACUCCGAAACCACAAUGGAACCCGUGUGCUACUCUGCAGUCUGCGUGCCGGUGCAUUGGGUCUUAACCUCACUGCAGCCAGUCGUGUCGUUAUUCUGGAGCCUUUCUGGAAUCCCUUCGUGGAGGAGCAGGCCAUCGACCGUGUCCAUCGCCUGAACCAAACAAUCGAUGUCAAAAUCUACAAAAUGGUCAUCAAGGGCACCGUCGAAGAGCGUAUUGUCGAGCUGCAAGACCGCAAGCGCGAGCUAGCCAACGCCACCAUCGAAGGCAAGGCUGGCGCUGGCAAGUUGACCAUGCGUGAUAUGAUGGCGCUCUUUGGUCGCGACGCCGAAUCAAAAUUCACCGAUAACCAGAGCACUUUGGACUUCAACAGCCGAGUAGGCUUGUUGAGCUCCGCAGAAGAGGCUACACCGGCCCCUACAUCGUCGCAGGGGUCAUAUUCUGAUCCUCGCAGCCGCGGCCGGGAAUUCCAGCCCAACCGUCCACGAAAUGAGGACUCGGUUUAUGGUCGUCGCUGGUGA